AUGGAUAUCUACACUCCAGAGUACGAAUGUGAGGAUCUAGAUCAGCUUCUAAGAUCAAUCCUGGAGCAUCUUGAUCGCAAUGAUGUUUUUAUACCUAGCUCACCUUCAAAAACUGAAUUCAUGACUUAUGCAUCAGCUUUACCUGAUCUUAUAUAUGGGGUACUCUCCCCAAUUGCCAGGAAACCAAUCAAUUGUCACAGAUACUUAUGGGUCAAGACUCUAGAGUUUGUUGUUGUGAGAGCAGGAGCAUUGGUCAAGCUAUAUCGUGAUAUUCUGUUCCACUCCAGACCCGAUAAUGAUAUCAACCAUGUGGUUCAUGAAUUGAAGGCCAUUCUUAAUAACUUAAGCUCAUUCUUAAAGUCUUUCUUAGGGCAAGCCGAAUCAGAGUUUCUUGAGAUUGGAUCAUCUCACGGUGAUGCAAUUAGACAGAGUUUUGUUGCACUACUACGCGAAACGCUUGAGAUGAUAGUCAAUGGCAAAGACAUAGCUUACGACGAGGAGUGUAUGGCUUCAUUGGCUAGUACAAUCACGAAUAUGGCGUCGUUUGUCGAUCAGAAGAAGUAUAAAGAUUUUGAGCAGAAGCUUAUAAGCCAACACGAUAUAUUGCCCUUGAUCGUGGACUUCUGUCGAGCAUCAUACACUAUUGGGGCACCAGAGAAAGUCGAACCACUAUUCGUCGGUGUGAGACCAAUAAUUUCCGAAAGGUUUCCUUUUAAUCUCACCACACAUCUUGAUACUGAUUUACCCUUGCUCAUGGACUUCUACAAGUAUGCUGGAUUCUGUUUGGUGACCUUAGCCGUGCUGGACCCCUCAGCCUCCCAUAUCAAGUCAGAGUACGCCGAUCUAGCGAACAACUUUUUGGUCCCUCUCCUAACACUACCAAACCUAUCGCUAAGUAACUAUACCACCAAUGAACUUGCUGGUAACCCAGGUGCGAUUGCCUCGUCACUUCGCAGCGGACAGUACAUUCUGGAUAAGGAGAGGGAGGAAAUCUCCUUUUUUUACGUCUUGAGCUAUCUAUUGCGGCUAAGGAGGUUAUCCACAUUAGUAGAACCCGUGCCUAGAUUCAAAGCCGAAGUUCGGUACUUUGCCUCGUCCUUUGGCAGACGCAUCUCGUCUGAUCUAGAUAUACUGGCCUCGAGUCAUCAAUCGUAUUCCAAUUCGACAAUUUCAAUGCUAAGCUUGGAGCAACGAGCAUCUACUGUAGCUCCUGCCGCCAAUGCCAAUACAAUGAGCUCGAUACUUUACGAGGGAACAUACAAAGAGAAAUUACAUCUAGUGAAGAUAUUCUUUGAAACGCUUUCCUCCCUCGGAUUUCCACACCUGCCGGCUCUUUCCAAAUUGAUCCAGGUAUUCAAUUUCAAGUCCGUUCCUGAAGGUUCUUUGUUGACAAGCUCGAUGAGAAACCAAGAUUUUCAUCAUUUAUUGACCAAUGUGGACAUUGUGACAUACCCUGGAAAAAAGCUAUAUGUUGAAGCGAUAGAAAAGAUUAUAAGACUAGUGCAGAUACUAACGCUCAAACAUCUUCACACCACGCUUGGUCUUGAUACCCAGCCAAAUGAGUUAUUGACGCAUCUUUUCAAAACCACGUAUACGUUUGAGCAGAUUUCCGAAGUCCAAGAUCAUUUGAGAGUUGAUGGCAGUGGCAAAGUUUUUCGCUCGAAGAAUCUACAAAAAAUGGAAGAAUCUGAAAUUGCAUCUCAGUUCGAUAUGAUAUUAGCCACAAGAGAUCUUGAGCAGGUUAUGAGGUGA